AUGGCGACCAAGAAGAUUUUCGUCGGCUCGUUAUUCGAAUUCAGCCAGCUUGGGGCCGAUGAGCUCAUUCGCAAUUUCAAGGAUGCCCACGAUGACCCCGAAUCCGCGCCAUUCGUUGCCUUCGAGGAAUCCACACAGACAUUCUCCGCCGAAGUUGACAAGGGCGACAGAGAGACGAUGCUCCAUUUGCUCGCCCGGCUGUCCGGGUACAUCGAGUACAAUCAAACUAAUCAACCUGGUUUCGACGAUGAACCUCGCAUUCGUCCCAUGGAUGGAAUAGUCAUGGAGGAUGUCAUUCGCGACGACAGAUCCGAGGACAAUGGCUUACUAGAGUAUUGGUCUGAUGACGAGUCCGACGGUCAGGAUGCUCUUGAAAGCUUGCAACAUCUCAUUGCCUACUGGAAACCUCGAAACGGCGACAUCAGUAUCCUCCCUUCAAUGUACGCACAAGAGAUUAAUCGAUUAACGGGCACCUCACUCUUUGCCGAAGAAGCGGAGAAGCGAUAUCGAUUAUUUCAAGGAGACUUUCGUCUGGCUCUUGAAAAGUUGUCCAGGCUCGAACCACUCUUGGAGACAUUCAAGAAACAGCACAACACUCAAUCGAUCAUGGCAACUGGUAACGUCCUCAUCUGGCCCCCAAAUCAGAAGGAUGCGACGAUACAAUUCGUCAAGAUACAAUUCGGGCACCCUGCCUAUUCCCGUGUCAUUGUCAACAAGAUGGAGCAGACCCUCUUUAAGAAAGUGAUCGGUGAGCUUCGUACACGGACAUCUGACCUGCAACUCGCCAUACCGGGAAAUCUUUGUUUGGAAGACAUAUCUCAGACCAGUCAGAUACAAGGUUCUAGAAUCUGGGAUGGCUCUGUGUUUGAGAGCUUUGGUGAUCCCAAGAAUAUGGAACCAAUUAUCUCAUCCAACCCGGCUUCGACCGAGAGUAGUAAAUGGUCCGCUGUUCAAGACCCCAAUGAGGCAAGAAUAACCGCAUGGACGAACAAAGUGGCCUCCGGGGCGGAUCCUGAAAUCGCUCCGGAAGAACCGGCCGAACCGGUUGAGCCCCCGCAGCCCAUGCGCCGGAGAGUCGCAAUUGACUCCGACAGCGACGAUGAUGAAUCGUCCGUUCCUCUCCCUCAGACCCGACCUAUUGAGAAGUCACCCAUGGCCGCGCCUCCGGAUCCGAAGCUGCUCGAGAAUCAAAGACCCGAGUCUCCAGUCACUGAAUCCCUACUCUCAUCGAACAUCCCGCUCACUGUUGUACGCGGAGAUUCUGAUGAAAAUUAUGUCUCAGGUAAGUCAGAAGGUAAAACUUUGAUUGAGGACGAGGAUGCGAUCGGCUUGAUUGAGAAUUUUCCUCCUCUGCCUAUAUCUGCGAGGGAGGCAUCAAUAUCAGACUGGGUAACCAACUUGCCGCACAACCCUGCUAGAAGCAGAGACAAUUCGGAAUCAGGGCCAACGAGUCCAUCUUCUGGAACAGGCGACGGUGAUAUGCAAGCAACCACUUUCAUUGAGCCUCGCACUCGAUCCAGCCUGGAAGGGGCCCAGCCGUCUGUGGAAAGGAACCAAGUGAGACCUGCUCCAUCGUUUUCCGCGCUCUCCGCUUUCACCGCACCGAAAGUUCCAAGUACUCCAUCUUCACCGCACCCAGAGUUGGAUCCCAAUGCGUACUGGCCAUCAUCGAAGCUUGUCCGCGGACAACCAGGAGCCAUUGGGCCACGUGCGGGAAGCAGCUUUCGUAGCGCCGGCAAUCGAGGUGGUAGAGCCCAAGUGAGCAAUACACACGCUCAAGUCACGCGACGAACUGAGCACGCUUCACACCAUGGGCACUCUGGUUAUCGUGGUAACAGCUCUCGUGUAUCCGCUCCCCCGGGAAGAUCCACCAGAGGUCGCGGAUCACGAGGCGAUUCAUUUCAACAUCAACAGAGAAACUUGGUCGAUACGAGAAGCUCUGAGGUGCGCUAUCCGCCCGUCAUCCCCCCUGGUUUCGAAUCCCGGGUACCUCUAAUUCGUCAGCAACAAUCGCAGGCGUUAGAGCUUCAUCGCAAAACCGACACGCCAAGUCAACAACCUUCACCACUGGGUCGUCAGAAACCAUCUAGUUGUUCUCGAUCUGCAACGUCUGGAGAAUCUCGAAUAAGGUUCAGUGAUGAGGGAGCUGAUUAUACGGCCACCUUCAUACCGAAGAAGAACCAUGCCCUACUAAGGGAAAAUAGUUUGCGAGCCGCCAUGGAGGCUAUCGCAGCAAGAAACACGCAGAACGACCAGACUCCAAACAGAAAAGCAGUUGACGAUGACACGCCUCCACUGCACUCUACAAUGAAUCAGCAAGGCAAAAACCCGGGCAAGAAGCCUAUGAAACAGGAAACUAAAGCAGAAAGAAAAGAAAGAGUAGAAAAAGCGAAGCUGGAUGCGUAUGGCCCAGCACCAACUAAAGUACCUCAGCAACUAAAAACGGCCACAGACACCCCACUAGAGGAGAUGAGCAGGUGGAAGAGAAAGCAAAUCUCGAAAAAUCUAGUCAUGGCAGAGGCGCAUCCUCAAAUUGUUGAAUCGAACCUUCGAGACCGACAGUGUUCCACAUUGCUUCGGCAACUUGAACCCAUAUUUGAAACCGGCCGAGCCUUCAAUGGGAAACUGCUUUUCGAGAUUCAAUUGGGUCAAGUGCUGGUAUCUCCUGGCCCUCAGUUUUUAGACCGUCAUUACUACGAUGUGGCUGCCUGGUCCUCAUUGUUUGACCCUGAGACUGCGGCGUCUCACACACCUACCACUUUUACCAAGAUUUUGACGACAAAUGGUGCGGAUGUUGAUCGUGUCCUUGAACUGAAAGCCUCUUCUGGAAGUGGCAACAACAAGUUAUGGAGCCCUUGCCCCGGACCGCAAUCUACUAGCUACGAGUUUUCAUGCCAAAGCAGAUCCAACGAAGAUUUCCUUAUCAUGGUUGACCAGUCUGGAAACCAUGAGUUGCGAAAAGGCAUUGUGACUGUUGGCAUGGUGAAUAUGCAUGCCCCUGCUCACAUCUGGGACGCUUCCGCCACUCUUUCGGGUCAUCUGAAAUGGGCCAACCCGUCGAAAAUGCUCACCAAGAGCGCUUCCAGCUUCGUCAACUCGCUCUAUGUUGUGCCACGUAGAGAGAAGUUGAUGAUCGUAUUCCGCCAACCUAAUGACCACGAAAUUAAAAUCAGAAAUCUCAUCGUCAGACGGGUCAGCUGUCAUCGCUGCAACUUGCCCGGCUACGCUGACAUCCAACUCAAGGUGACCGAGGCGAAGAGUCUUAUGUUCAAGGUGCAUCCCCAGGACAAGAAGCUCUGGCAAGGAUAUGAGGGUCCGAGAGAGGAUUACGACAAGCUAGCACGGGAAGGCCGAAUCCACUACGAAUUGUCACUAGUGCAUACUGGAAUCAACGAAGUGCUAGCUCAGAACGAAUCCUUGGAAAUCGGCGAACUCACAGACGGAGAGACGACUGGAAAAUCCCUCAUCAACCGAGCCGUGAUUCGCUCCAUGCUCGAAGUCGCAGUGCAAAUGAUUUCCAGGAUCGAUUUCGUUGGCAUGCGCAACUUCGGUACCCAAGAGCGGCUGGACAUGGAGGAGGAAGAGCGACGCCGAAACCUUGAAGCCUCACUUGGUCCCGCGGGCAAAACUGUCCUUCAAGCUCCUACGCUCCUUCAUUCGGGAUCUGUGAGCAGAUUGCAUCCUCCUGCUUCCCCUAGUCACGCCUUGGCCAGGGCAAAUAGUCGACUCACGUCCGCGAACAUUCCAGUCCACGGAGUGAGGAUGAAUACCGUGGCAGAGAUUGUUCAGGCUCCGGACGGCUCUAGAUAUGCGCGCGGCAUUGGUGGUGCGAGAGUCCCGGUGGCAGAGGAGGUGCUGAGUAGUUCGAGAACAGUGGCUCCCGAAGACAGUGCCAGUCAGGUCGGUGGACCAGGUCGGACUUCCUUCUAUUCCUCUUGGUCCCAAGGGCCGAAUAGAGGAGCUGGAUUUUGGUGA